GGACACCGCACCACGUUCCCGCGCCUGUAGUGCUCCGCGGCAUGUUUGAGCGGGCGCGCCUUUGGAGGCCUGGGCGCACGUGGAUCGCCGCGGCGGCGGCCCAAAAAAAUUAGAGGGAUGAGGGGAGGGGCUUUGGCAUCGCUUGCCCAAAAGAAGCGCGCAGCCGCCAGGGCAUUUGGCUGCUUUUGCGUGCCACGGCCGUGCCGCGCCAUUGCUGUCCCUCGCGGAGAACUAGACGCGCACCCGGGGCCAGGCGGCCGCUGGAUUAUUUAUCUUCUUCGUGGCGCCCAUUUUUUUGGUUGGCCUCCUUUGGCGUCUAUCAAUCCAUCUUCGGCUCUUGUUUUCGAAGAUGGCGCGUAAAAAGUGCCGCGGCCUGCAGGUUGAUACACGCACCCUGCUCACACAGUGAGCGCCGGAAAUUUGCGACUGUGGCGACGGAAGAAGAACGCAAUGAAUUCGAGAAGUGGAAGCAGGAAUCUGCACAGGAAUCGCGGGAAAUCGCAUCGCGGGCGGGUGUCGGCCCACCCGGUUGAGGGCCUUGCGCGCCACCGACCACCCAGGGCCCCGGAAGCCUUUUAGGCGCGCGGACAUCCGCGCCUUUUUGCCUGGCAGCCGCCGUGCGGCCCGAUGGGGCUCGCUUGGAGGCGCGCGGCCCCCCCGGUUUCGGUCGUGAUUGAUUGAAGCCCCGGGCGCUUGGCGCCGCCACAAAUUGGGCGCCCCCUUGCCGGGCCGGCCGGUUCGUCGCACCCCGGGGCGCAGAAUGCCCGGGGGCGUUAGUAUAUGACGCAGAAAGGCCGGAAGGGGUUGCCCGAUCCGCGCCGGGACUUCCUGGCCGGCGGUGUGGUUGGUAGCGCGCACCUUCGGGCCAAAUCCCGGCUGGUGCUCAAGUGUCGCGGCAUAUUUCUGAUUGCGGCGGGCAUUUUCGCCUACCUCGUGCACGCCUUGGCCAAAAACCCCUCGGCAACUCCUCCGCUUAGGGGCCGAGUUAGCCGGGCAAAGGUCUUCGCUGUGCAGUCGCCCAGUGCUCGGCGCGGAGCGGUGCCCCCCAUCCCUCUCGCAAGAGUCGACGCGAGAAAGAGGGCGUGGGGCGCAACUCCUCCUCGAUCCAUGUGACAACGAGGGAGGUCUGGCGGAUACUUCUGCUCGGCGGAUUUCACGCGCCUGGGCUUCGCGGGCGCCUUCAGACACAUCGGGCGCGACGCGCCAGGCGGAAGAAACAGCACAGGGCGCCGGGAUCACCUGCGCGCCCGCCGCGGACGCCGGGCGGGGGGGCGGGGCGGGGGGCUGGCAAACCGAGGGCGGGACGCCCCGGCGUGGUCCCUUGGGCCACUGGGGCGAAAGAGUUAGAAAACAUCCGCACCCGGCAAAUGAGAAUGAUGCGCGGCCGACGGAAGGCAGAGCGCGCCGGCGAUCCAAGCACCGACCCAAGCACAGCGCCAGUGGGAGCCCCCCUCCCUGGGCCGGGGGGGCCUGGCGCCCGCCCUUUCCGUCUAUCUUGUUUGGGCAAUUGCGCGCGCGCGCGCGGCUGCGUAAGUCCGCGCGCCCGCGGGAUCCGGCCAAUGGGGCGGCAGGCCCUUCCAACCGCGGCCCAGUCGUUGCCUGUCUGUGCCCCGUAUGCGCGCGCCACCGGCUGCCCGCUCCCUCCGGGCCCCGGGUGCACGCGCGCGAGCUUCUUUCUUGGCGACCCCUCCUCGGCACUCGGUGCGCCUAUGUCGGUGUGGGGCGCGCGGGCGCCAAUCAAUGCCCGCUCGCCCGCGGCCGUUCAGCGAGAAUCCCCACCCCCAGCCGGGGCCGUGUUGUUGUGCGUGGCGGCGCCGUCGUCUACAACCAUCCAGGCUGUGGAGCUUGAGGUUGCCAGGCCUCGGACGCAAUGUUCUGAUCGACCCCAUCAACAUACGCCGCCCAUUCAGUCGGCGCAGAAAGGAUGUGCGCAUUCGCCUCAAGAAUGCGAGUUCUCCGGACAGGUGCCCCGCUUCGUGUGUGUUUUUCACAUCCGUGUCCUAUGUGUUUUUCGCGCACAACUUGUUUGUCCACUCUGCCGGAGUCGCAACGAGCGCGAUUCUCUUGAGCGAUUGCAAUUGAUGGCGUUGGCAAAGCCUUUCCAGGCUCCUGGAAAUAGCACGCCCCCCUCUAGCGCUCGGACCUAACGAAGCGAUGACCUGCGGAGCGAGAGAAAUAGAUGGGGAACGAGAACCUCAAAAAGCACUACCGACGCACAGGGCGGCGUCUUUUAUAGAGGGAGAAGAGAUAGUGAUACAUCCAAGCAGAACUAUGCUCCUCAACAAGCUCAACACGCGAACCAAGUUCAGAAUGACAUAACUGUCCUGUCUGAUCUUUAACUUUAUUCUUGCAUGUCCACGGCAAAUCAUCCCCAUCCCCCAGCAGCGAGCAGCUUCCACCGCCCCAGAGCACGCGGGCACUCUCACUCGCCCGCCGUAUCGACCAAGGAAUCGCCGACGCAGCACGAGCACAGCCCCUACAAAUAUGACCGGCAUGGGCACCCCACGACCACCCCCACAGAGGAUGGUCACGGUCGCGUCCCGAUCCUCCGAAGAGGACCAGGUGCAGCUGGUAGCAGUUCCAGAACCGCCAGUCAGCAUAGCCGAAGCCCUUCCGCCGCGAACAGAAAAUCGAAGCAUCAGCAGCACCUCGAAGAUGCCUUUCUGCACAGCGAGGAGGGUGAGAUUGUCCGGGGACUGUAUUUGCAGCAGAAGGAACUCAAAAGAAACCUCCAGUCGCUCGACAACAGGCAGCGGGAACAGGAAUUUGCGAUCCGCGCACUGGAAAUUGCGAGCAAAACGAUUCCUGAGCCGUUGCUGGAAUUUCUCCAGAACUACGUCAAGGAGAUCAAGAAUUCGCUCCGAAUCACGCUGCAGGUCGUGGGAAAAAAGCUCGAUGGGAUCUACGACGGGACGAUCGAGCAGAUCAUCCGCGAAAACGUGGAGCAGAAGCUUGCGGACGUCGUUGCGGCUACUGUGGCUCGAGAGGUGGAAGAGAGGGUUGCUGUGAUGGAAACGAAGUUCGCGGCGGAGUUGGACAGCAAGGUGGCGCAGAUCGUGGAUUUAACGACAACGGAGUUUGUGCGAGCGGAAAUCCAGAAGCAAUUGGAAGUGAAGACCAGCGAAUCUUCUCAACAGUUGUUGAAGGACGCUUUAUUUCGUGAAGAAGGAGAGACAACUGGAGGACGCGUCGCGGAGCUCCUCGCGAGAAUCCAGAAGGUCGAAAGCCACGGGUUGGAAGGAGCGUCAUCUUCCUCCGCCUUCGCAGGAACUGGCACGGACCUACUUCAUCAGCCUGAUCGUGCUAGCCAUGAUUCUGCUCACACGCAGCUUCUCGAAAGAGUUGACGACCUGGAGAGCCGGCUGGAACUGAAGGAAAACGUGAACACCAAUCGGAUUGAGGAUUUGCUGCGGAAGUGCGCAACCUACGAAGGCAGAUUAGGCGAAAUCGAAACGGCCAUUGCGCCGGUGGUGGUUUGGUACGAAGAUGACUUGCAGCAGAUGGCGCAGAAGAUCAACGAGGCGCUGGAAGGAAACAAAGUUCUUGCGUCAGCCAGUACAACGACCCGGGAGGUUGACAAGAUUUUGGAGAGCGUGAAUAACCCGGCGGAAACAAACUCGCCUGCGCUUGCAACGAGAGUCCUAUCGCCUUUCGGGUUGUUCAACAGCAAGACAGGGAUUGUAAACCAUCCAGAGGAUGCGACGAGAGCAGCACUUUCGCCCACGGUGGUUCUUGGACAAGAUCCUUCGUCACCUCUCCAGCAUCAGCAGCUGCACCCAACAGGACAGAAUACAGUGGCGCUAUCAAAUAACGCGAAAGAGGUCCGCUCCCUGCAGACCCAGGUCCGCGAACUCCGCACUGCGGCGCUGGCGCAAUCGAAGCUUCACGGCGGAACGAUCCAUCAAAAGCAGCUGGAAGAAGCGGAAACGAGAAUAACCGGCUUUGUCGCGGAGGAAGUCAAGAAGAUGCGCGAGCGGCUGGCGCAAUUGGAACUCGAGUUGGCGUUCCCGUUUCCCGGCUCCUCGGCGAACUACCUGCAGGCGACGGGAGGGGCGGUGGUAAGAGUAUAUUUUGGAACGAUUAGGUUUUCAUUUGUUGCGUGGAUGCGUACCCUCGUCUACUUUGAUGGUUCUGGUGUUAAGACAUGGGUCAAAUAAUCGUACGAGAAAACAAAAAACAAAUACCUCUUUCAUCAUCACCAAAACCCCACAGGUACCGUCUCCGCUUUCCGCAGUCGAAACGGCUUACAACGGUGACCCAACCGCCCAGAUUCACCUUUCCGCGGACCUCCAGCUUGCAUUUGACAGUCAGAACAAGAAGAUGCAACAGAGAGAGGUGAUUCUGGAUCAGAAGUACCGCGAAUUGGAAGUAAAAUUUCUGCGGUUGAAGCAAACGCUCCAGCACGACGCGAAAAAUUUCUGGACGCAGGCGAAACAGAGUUUCUACCUCGAUUUGCAAGCUUUGCGGCAGGACUGCGCGAGGUUUCAGACGGAGGUGCGGCUGGAUUUGACGGACUCGCGGAGCAGGGUUUUUAACAAGUACGGUGUGGCGCAUUUGCAUAAUUCGACCGGCAUCCACGAUCGGGUGAACAUCAAGGACAUCACGCGGGACUUGGUGGCGAAAAUUGACUCACCGCUGGUUCCCGCAACGCAGCGAGACGCGAAUGGCGAAGAACUGCUGGGAGAUGAUCAUGCUGGAGAAACCCACGACGAUGCCGAUGCGCAAUACCUCGGCGGUGGAGGUCACCACGAGCAAUAUGGAAGCGAGCGAGUGCCGGAUCCGAACGAGCGAACUCAGCACGGCAAGCGGAACAACACUGUCGGAGCCGCGUUGAGACAACUUGCGAAACAGUAUGACCCGGCUUCUGAAGUAGAAGCUACGGCGAACGCAAAUUCUACAAGCACUGCAACUAGAGUGGGACGACACGAGCAACCUACAGAGGACAACUCCUGGAAACUUUUGCGACCGUUAGAACUGCUGUCUUGACAUCCUGAAGUCCAUUCUUUGAGGUUUAGACGCUCGUAUUCGAGCUAGUCUCUAAUUUCAACAGUCACAGAAUAUUGUUACGCGUGGUUUCUGCCUGCAUGUGUUCGAACUUCCCUCUAGUUUGUGUUUGGCUGAGAAGGCGUCGCUGUUCCGAACUGGCGGCGAGUUUCAUCUUCGAGGAGGACUUGAGACAUGCAGCAAAAGAAAAGUCCUGCUAUGCGUUUCAAUCUUGAGUGUCCGACGUUUCUCGAGAGCCUCAGUGCCACAAGCAAUGUUCA